CGGGCCGAGCGAGGGACGGGCCUCGCUCGAGCGCGCUCGGCUAAAUCCGGAACGCAACACACUGUCUGUAGUGCAAGGCGUACUGAGUCACAACCACGUAGCUGCUGUGAUUUUCACAUUUACACCCAAAAUUGAACCUGCUGCUGUUGGCGGCCGCGCGUCAACAGAUGGCGCUGGUAGCGGGGGCGGAGUUUACAAAGUGCCGCUAGACGUAUGUCAUUUUCGAUAAUUGAAGAUGCUGUCACUUCGAGACGACGACGAUGACGACAGCCACCUCUGCAUCAAAUGCAACACCACUAUCGUCGGGCUCGAUAACUACGUGAAGCACAGAAAACAGAGAUGCGGCAAGAUAUCCAAAACCGAAAACAAACCAGACAUAACGAGUAUAGACACGUUGGAUCCGACUUACAGCCUCGGUGCUGAUGUAUUUUUCCAGUCUCUCGAAUUGCAAAGUAGUGUGAAGAAAACUUCUCUUUCGAGACUCACCCCGCCUAUACCGAUAACUAAGGCAGGGUUAGAAACGAAAAAUACUCUAGUGGAAGCAUCCACAUCUAGGGAUUUGCCCCGUAUGAGUCCUUUAGAAACCAAUUUACGGGAAGAAGAUUGGAUAGGAGGACACUCUUUAAAGAUAAAUGCCAAUGAAGACAAUCAGACAAAAUUUAUUAACGCCGUCGCUAGCAUCAGUGGAUCGGUUAAAAAGGAUAUACCAUCUUCAACUUACAGCAUCGCGGCGUUUAACGAUUUCAAAGCUGACGAAGACUUUGACGAUUCAGAAGACUCGGAUGAGGAUGAUGAAGAAGAGCCACACACCAGUGGUGGAAAAUGGAAACCUCCUCCCAACUAUACAGGUGGAAAAUGGCGUCCUGCUUCCCCUGAUCAUGAAGAUUGGGAUAUAAGAGAAGAGCAGGAACAUACUGGUGGAAAAUGGAAACCAAUUAUGGCCGAUUCCAAUGAAAGAGAAGACGACUACGAUGCUCCACCACCUGGGCAUACUAAAGGCAAAUGGGUGCCUGGCCACGAAAAAGCACAAAUCAUGCAAACGACGAUACAGACAAAAGGUUCGGUGCAGUACUGGUGUGGUCCUUGCAAUCGACGCUUAGGCUCUCGAGCCAUUUAUGAAAAACACUUAAUGUCUAGUUUGCACAUGAGAAAGGUUUUACCAGAGCAUGAGCUUGAAUUCUCUGGACACUUAGAGCCGAUGCGUUCAGCCAAAAGACCAAGUCGACCAUCUCGAUUUACCGACGACAGCAUCUACGUUCAAUCUCAGAAAAAAAUUGAAAAGCCUAAACCUAAGACUGUAAUAAAGAUUGAGAAAAAGAAGAGGAAAAGAAAACCUAUCUUCGUUCACUGCUCCGGUUGCAAAUCUCGAGUGAGGCUGCAUCUUAUGGGUAAACAUCUCAUAUCCCACUACCACUUCCGGAAAGCCACUGACAUCAGAAGUGAGGCUUAUCAGCAGUUGAUUUUGGACAACAUAACAGCUAUCGUGCAUCAGUCUCCUUUUCAAUGUAGUCCAUGCAAAUUUUACACGAACUGGUUAUCAAAUUUCAUGCAGCAUUGGUUUUCUGAAGAGCACGAAAAUAAAAUGACCGCAUUGGUUGGCAGACAUUGGUGUUCUUUCUGCAAAUAUGAAUGUAAUACCUCCCAAGAGAUGCUGCAGCAUAUGUCUGGACCUGACCACAGCGAGGUGGUAGCUGUAAUAAAUAGAUCGAUGCCUAUAAUUAUCAGGAAGAAAACUAUAUUCACAUGUGAGACUUGUGGCGAAGAAUUUAAAUACAACGUAGAAAUGAAACGCCACAGUCAAAGAACUGGACAUAAGUUGACUUACACAGCUACAGAUGAUUAUCAGGAGCUUCACAAGUGUCAAUAUUGCAAAGCUAAAUUCAAGUCUUCUUUGACUCUGGCAGCUCAUCUUAAAUCGAAGCACAAACAAAAGUCACAUUUCUGUUUAGUAUGCUCAUUGACUUUUAACACGUCCGAAGAAGCGAAGCAUCAUAGGUUCACCACGGAACACCGUGUAAGGAAGAAAGAGAUUCUCCGAGACAAGGGUGUGCCUGUAAAGGAUCUGAGCAGGAAAUGCUCUUAUUGCACUGACGAAGUCAUAUUGAAGAAUAUUUUGGAACUGAAAGCGCACAUACGGAAAAUGCAUCCAGAAAUCAAAAAAAGAUGUCCCAAAUGCGGUAUGUCAUUCGUGCUGUUCCAAGAGGUGAGUCGCCACGUCAGAAGCAACGCUUGUCAGUUCGGCGACGCGCACCCUGUCAGCUCCUCCAUCGUGUGGAACUGCAGCCGUUGUCUCUUCAGCACCGACUCCCAGGCCGAGUGCUACUUUCACGAAGUCCUCCACACCGACCCUGAGAAGGAAUACAAGAAAACGGGCGACAAAGAGAUCCUGCUCGAAAAAUAUCCCUGCCCCGUUUGCGCUAAGAGUUUCAGGAAGAGAUCGCUGCGUCAGCAUUUGCGACUGCACACCUUCGAACGGCCCUUUGUCUGUUCUACAUGCGGGGCUAACUUUACAACCCAGUCGAGCCUUUCGAACCACUACAGGAACAGCCACGGGACACGCAUGCUGAAAGCAAACCCGCCUAAGAAACUAGUAGUGCCAGUACAGCCAUUGUUAAAAGAAGAUUUCAAAUGCUCCAGGUGCUUGAAGAAUUUCUCCAAUAGAAGUGCGUUAAGCCGUCAUAGUUGUGACGGCAGACGUUGCCCGCACCCCAACUGCUCGUUUGUGGCAACCACACCAGCACUGCUCAAUAGACACAGAAUUUUACACGGAGAGAAAAUAUGGAACCACGAAUGUAAUUUGUGUGAAUUUAAAACAAACCAGGCGAGUCACAUGCAUCGGCACUUGCGUUGUCACGAGGGAGUUAAACCUUAUGCUUGCCCACACUGUGAUUUUGUAUGUAGUAGUUUGGAAAAUCUUCGGAAACACGUACUCAGCAGUGGUAGACAUCCUGGGAAAUAUUUGUACAAAUGUCCAUCUUGCGAAUAUGAAACAAAUACAGCUACAGAUCUACGCGCUCAUCUGUGUAACGCUCAUGGCAGUAAAUACAACAAGAAAGCAGCUAUACAAGCAGUUAAAAUAAUUCUUAUGAAACAAAAUAGUUAAAUGGCUAAAUUAUUCUUUUCUUUUUUUACAUGAUCAUCAAUUACUGUAUUAACGUACCUAAUCUUAAACCGCCUUAUUACUAAGUACUGCUUUAAAACGUCGUAACACCGUAAUGAUUUCUAGAUUAAUAUUUUAAUGUUGUGGAGCUUUUUUCGCUCGUUUUUCUCCGCAGCUAAAAAUAUGUCCAAUAACGAGUGGCAGGGAAAAACAAUUAUUGGACGAUUUAAAAUUUGAAUAAAGAUAUAUUGACUUUGACUUUGAAACUAAUGUUGUCCCUGUCUUAUUUUUAGCAAACAAUUUUAACAGCUUCUGUUUUAGUCCAGGUUUAACUUUAGUCUACGUUUUGAAAUGUGGUGGAAACAGUUUAACUGGAGAUACAGAGAGAGUGCUGGGCUACGUUCCAAACCUACGCUCUGAGUACAGUUUUUCACCCUGACGUUUAAAUUUUGGCAUAAAACAUGUCAAAUUUGACAUUUGUCACACCUGGAGCAUAGGUUUAGAACGCAGCCUUGUGCUAGUUUCUUAAAAUUACCUACUUGUCAAAGGUAUCGUACCUAUCAGGUAUCAAAAACAAACCAAGAAAUUGUCCAGCAUUUUUGAGAUUGGAUUCGGUGAUAAAAUUAUCACCGACAAAUAAGGAUUUCAUACUUAAACUAAAACAUUUUUAAUAAAAUCAAUUUUGAACAGUAGAAUGGAACAUUGAAUUCAGUUCAUACUUGCGAAAAUAGGAUAAUUUUUCUUGGGUGAAGAAUCGCGCAACGCAUUUUUUCUUUGGUAGUAAAAUAUUUUUAGAGCUAGUAACACCACUUUUUCCGGCUGUCAUCGAACACCAACCAAUGCGAGCGAGGGAAAAAUUAAUCGACGAGAAUAGUCAGUGAAGGAGAGAGGUGUGUUCUGUUCGAUAAUUAUUAUUGUAAACGGCGGUGAAUUAUAGUUCGGGAAGCGUUGAUUUAAAAAUAAUAACAACUUAAAGAUACUUACAUAGUAGUUGAUAAGUCCUUUCAAUUUAAAGUUACGUAACAUAAGUACGAAUUUUAAAAGGACCUAAAACAUUAUUAUUUUGAUGAUCGUAGUGCAGUGCUAAAUUUUUAACUGAUCAGGAAAUUAUGACUGUUUGUUUUCGCGUGUAGUGGAUAAAUAUCAAAGUCAACAUGUCACUGAAGGUGAGUUAAUUUUAUUGUUGUUAUAAUAUCUAUUGAAGUGCCAAGCUAAUUAAUUAAAUACACUUAAUAGGUCUAAAAACCAUGUGAAUUAUUGGAUUAUAUUUUGAUUAUGUUAGACCCUUUACAAUUUCUAUGGAUACAAGAAUAAUUAAAAUUAAAUACUUGUUAAACAAUGUUUACUUUUAAAUUAUACAGAAUAAUGUGCAUGGAAGUAAUGAAACUAUUUUGUUUAAUAGAAAUUAUGGAUUAACUUUUUGUCUACCUACAUAAUACCGGUUUUAUUUAAUAUGGUUUUAUCAGGAUGUAAAUAUCUGUGAACAAAUCAUGUAAUUUUCUGUAGUCUGUAGUUUAAUGCAAUGAAAAAUCAACCCACACUAAUAAAGAAGAAAAUUAUUGAUCUUUAAACAAUUAUAGUAAAAUAUUUAAAUAAUAAUAAGUGAGCAAUAGGUGUUUCCUUUUAGCCUUGUUUUUAUAUUAGGAGCUAGAACUUAAACAAGCCCACAUGAUAAUAAAUAUAAGCGGACACUGUUUGUGAAGAUAGAUGAAACAGCAUAAAAGUGUUUUUGCUCUAUCCUCAUCUUGUCAACCUGAACCUGAUCGCUAUGUAUAUAAAAUACAUUGUGUGCCUUAAUUUGUUAAUAAAUUAGAUAUCAUAAGAUAUCUACUAAUACAUAGGUGUGUUGUGCUAAGUUAAUAUUAGAAUUUCACUGGUAUGUUCUUUAUAUAAUCAAUUUAAUCCAAUAUUAUAGACACUAAAAGUUAUACAGAAUGGUUGGACUUAAGUACAGUAUAAUUAGCUAGUGAAAGCUUAUUAGCGAAUAGAUCAUAAUUUUUUUGUCUGUAGUAAUCAAUAUCUGAAAUGGAAAGCAAAGGAAAAACUUGCACAUAAUUAUAUUGUGAAUUAUUCCGUGAUCAUGGCACUUACUUGCAACAGUGAUGAAAUAUCAGAAACUCGCCAAAAACAAGGUACAUGGUAGCAAUC